AUGCCGCGCGGCAAAGAAGAGUACAACUGGAUUGACGGCGUAGAGUCGCUUGAAAACUACCGCCCAGCGGCUAUCAUCCUGUUACAAUUGGCGACAUAUUACAUGGGCACUACCAUAGACACUCACCAGGAGCAGUAUGUUGCUGUUAAAUUUAGUAUUACAGAUGUGCUUCUGCGUGAAAACUAA